UUACUUUAAACAGGGGAAGAUCUUGGAGAAGACUGGAAUUUGCAGUCAAAUCACUUUUGGUCGAUAUAUGCGAAGGGGGAGGAGACUAGCCGUGGAUCCAAAGCUCUUUAUCCAGGAUCUGCAGUUUAAGAAAGUACCUGUGAGGGUUUAUCAGCCUACAGCUCCAUCCGAUGGGCGAAGAAGAGAUACCUAUGAAAAAGUAUGCCGCUACAUAGCCAGAGAAAGUGAAUCGGUAGUUGUAUCUGUUGAGUACCGUUUAGCUCCUGAGCACAAGUACCCUGCCGCAUAUGAAGACUGUCUUAAUGCCACCCUACACUUCAUGAAGAAUAUCGAGCACUAUGGGGUGGAUCCUGCCCACAUAAUUGUCAGUGGGGACAGUGCUGGGGGCAAUCUAGCAGCUGCUGUUAGCCAAACCCUUGCAAGCAGAUCAGACCUCCCAAAACUACGGGCACAGAUCCUGAUCUACCCAGGUCUUCAGGCUCUGGAUUUCAAUUUACCUUCCUAUCAGCAAAAUCGGGCAGUCCCUCUCCUCCUCAGAGAACGUGCUGCUUUCUUUGCCUUGCAGUACCUAAACGGGGAUGCAUCGCAUGUAGAAGAGGUCUUGGAAGGCUCUCACAUUCCUGCAGAUGUUAGGUUGAAGUAUAGGAAGUGGGUGAGUGCAGAUAAUAUCCCUGAAGAGUUUAAGGUCAGAGGUGUCAAGACGCUUGUGCCCACGGAUUGCAUAGCUGAAGUCUAUGAGUCAGUGAAAAGGUUCUGUGAGCCCAACCUGUGUCCGCUUUUAGCUGAAGAUGCCAUCGUUCUCCAGCAGCCUGAGUCUUUCAUCUUGACGUGCGAGUACGACGUGCUGAGAGACGACGGUCUGCUGUACAAGAAGAGAUUAGAGGACAACGGUGUCCCAGUGACAUGGUACCACAUUGAGGAUGGGUUCCAUGGGAUCAUAAGCCUACAUGAUUACUGUGGGUUUUCAUUUCCAGCUGGGAAAAGGGGACUGGACAGCAUAGUUAACUUCAUAAAAGGCUUAGAAUAGGCAUCUUACAUUCCAGGAGUCUAUUAAUGCUGCAAUCUAGGAAAAUAUCUUUUUAGGAUACCUAGCAUCAAGUGAUGGAUGGGUAGUCAGUCAA